CUUUGUGGAUGGGCACUGGCUGCACCGUGGAGAAAAACGUGCAUGCUGUAUGCAUCCCGUGUGGUGUGUCAGUGACAAACAACCCGACCCGACGCUCAGAGGAACACUCGGCUGUUUUAAAUCUCUAUCUCAGGAUUCACAAAGGGGACGCGGCAUGCACGCAUGCAGAUGUGUGUAUGUGUAUGUGCAGAUAUUUGGAGGUGUCGAGGUUUUCGAGGAAUUUAAUAUUGGACUGAUGGAGCUGCUGGCAAACUGAGGGCUGGGCUGUGACUUCCUGCGUUGUUGCAUGUUUCCUGGAAUGGAAUAAUUUUUCUCUUCAUUCAUCAAAGAAAAAAAAUUGAUAAUUAUUUUUACUCAAUGGUGCUUGAAGGCAGAGAGAUGGACGGCAUCGGGAACACCAUGCAGAAGAAGGCUGCAGAGCUGGAGCGGCUGGCCGAGGUGCUCGUCACCGGAGAACAGCUGAGGCUGCGGCUCCACGAGGCAAAGGUGAUCAAGGAUCGGCGGCACCACCUGCGGACUUACCCAAACUGCUUUGUGGCCAAGGAGCUCAUUGAUUGGCUGAUCGAACACAAGGAGGCCUCAGACCGAGACACCGCCAUCAAGAUCAUGCAGAAACUUUUAGACCAGAGCAUCAUUCACCAUGUGUGUGACGAGCACCGGGAGUUCAAAGACCUGAAGCUGUUCUACCGCUUCCGGAAAGACGACGGCACGUUCCCAUUGGACAGUGAAGCCAAAGUCUUCAUGAGGGGGCAGAGGAUCUAUGAGAAGUUGAUGAACACAGAAAACAGCCUAUUACAAACCAGGGAGGAGGAGGGCGGGACAUUUGAGCGGGCGCUUCUGGCCUCUGAGUUCAUCGACUGGCUGCUACAGGAGGGGGAGAUGGCAACCAGGGAGGAGGCAGAGAGGCUGGGACGGAGGCUUCUUGAACAUGGCAUCAUCCAGCACGUCACCAACAAGCAUCACUUUGCCGAUGGGCCCCUCCUCUACCAGUUCAGGAUGAAUUUCCGGCGACGGCGGCGGUUGAUCGAACUUCUUCACGAGCGCAGCCGCUGUAUCCCCGAGAGUCACGACAGCCCCUUCUGUCUCCGCAAACAGAACUCAGAUGGAGGCAACACCAGCUUCCUCUCAGUGAGUCCCACUAAAGAGAUUAAAGUGGCGGUCGGAGUCCGGCGGAGCAGCUUGAGCAGCAGCUGUGGCAGCAGCGGUUAUUACAGCAGCAGUCCAACGCUCAGCAGCAGUCCACCUGUCCUUUGCAACCCCAAGUCUGUUCUGAAAAGACAAGUGAGUCCAGAGGAGCUGCAGACACCAGGAGGACCUUUUAUAAAGAAGACAUUCACUAUUGUAGGUGAUGCUGUGGGCUGGGGCUUUGUGGUGCGAGGCAGCAAACCCUGUCACAUCCAGGCCGUGGACCCUGGUGGACCUGCUGCCGCUGCUGGCAUGAAGGUGUGUCACUUUGUGGUGUCGGUGAACGGACUGAACGUGCUCUCUCACGACUACCGGACCGUCAGCAACCUGAUCCUAACCGGACCCAGGACAAUCGUCAUGGAGGUGAUGGAGGAGGCAUAAGUUGGAGGAGAGCUGCGACAGAAUUCCUCAUAGCUGAGUAGUGCAGUAAUAACAUGGGGACUAGAAGGUUUAGUACUUGACCUCAAAACCACAGCGACAGAGCAACAUGGACGUGUUUAAAUGAAACUCACACUCUCUGUUCCAACAUUGUUUGAACAAGGUGGACGACAGUGGAGACGCAGUGUGUUUAAGAAUGUGUGUAUUCAAGUCAAGAUAAUGAUUCAACCUGUAGACAAAACACGCACGUUGUACUUGAAUUUUUAUUUUUUAUUUAGAACAGCACACAUAAAAGAGUGAAAGUUCCAAGAGCCACCACUUCAACAGACAGUGAUUCAACUUCUUCAACCUUCCCAAAAAGACUCUCAGUCUUAAUGAAGAGGCCCCAGACUUUAUGUGUAGAACAGGAAGAGCUAUGUUCCCUGUUUUUAUUUGAGUUCCGAACCAGAACCGUUUCAUGAAUCAGUCGCUGAACACAACAAGUGUUUUAAGGACGAGAGAUGGAGUUUGUCAUUAGAAGCAAAAAUUGAACCAGUACAAGCUGGGACUGAAACAUUAAGGAAUAAUAUUUCAUGCUGACACAUUCAGUGACCUCUCCCCCAGUUAGUUUCCAACCAUGGACUGAAGCUACUGAUGGCUCAACACUGCCCUCUGCUGAGGAAGACAGGAAGACACACACAGAGAGGGAGCAUUUAUACAACAACCAUGUCAAUCCCAAGUUUUGUUUAGUUGGUUUUUUUUCCCCCUUGCUUGUGGAACCAGUGAGUAAAAUAGAAAAAAGACAGAUUUGUGGGGCUGAGUCCUUGGCAGCGGCCGUGGGUUCGAAUAUGACCAGCGGCCCUUUGCUGCAUGUCCCCACCCCCCCUCCUCUCUCUCUCAUUUCCUGUCUUCAAGCUAUACUGUCAAUAAAAGGCCAUAAAAGCCUUUAAAAAAAAAAAGACAAAUUUCUACCCUUGUUGUGUGAAAGAAAUUAACAAAGUAAUUGAUGCCCAGAUAGAUUUAUAUGUAGCUGCUAGGAAUUCGUUAGUUAACAUAAUACAAAUGCAGUGAUAAACUGUAUGUGACAUUAACAGGCACAAUGUACAGUAUAUACUAUAGUAUAGAAAAAUGACAAAAGACUUAACGCACAAACAAACGGAAGAAGUCCUUCUUUAGGAUGAAGCCUCAAAUAUUGUGCAAACUAAAACAACAUCUUGGAGACUUUAAGAUGACACAUGAUAUGCAAACCAGAAAGUUCAACAUGUCACAAAAUAUGUCAUUAUUUGUAACAGUUAAAAAAUAAGAGUUCAGACAGCAAAUAUUCUCUCUUAUAUGUAUUGUACUGUUGAGAUGUUCUUAUCUCUAGGAAAGAUGAAAUAUUUCUAAGACUUGUUGCAUUCAUUUCCUACAAAAAGAAGAAUAAAAAAAGAAGUAUGUACCAGUGGCAAUGCCAAAUAAAUCCUAAACUAUCUUCUUAAAGUGAACAGUUGAUUCAGUUGACCUUAAAUAUAGAAAUUGUAUCUACAUAUUUGAUGUUUGAAGGAUCAAAGGGUAAAAUUACUAUUUGAGCACUUAAACUAUUAAACAUUUGUUUUAAGCACUUAGUUGAAAGCUUAAAAGCUUUCCUUUUUUAAAAAGGAAUUUGAAUAUGUAUAUGCAUAUAUACAUGCAUUUUUUUAAUGCAAUUGUUUUAAUGCUGUAAAACAAAAUGGAAUUAACUUCCAAUGUACUGGCACUGUACUGUAAUGUAGUGGCAGCAGAAAACCUGCCGCCAAAUAUUUCUUUUUCAUUAUUUGGUUGAAACGACCCUUAAAGCAACCCCCCUAGGCUUGAUGUUUAGAUAAAUAGAUUCUUACAUUAGCCUCCAAAAUGAUAUCAUCAGAAUCAACUGUAUGUUUAUUGACUGUGCCACUAUGUGCCACUUAGACAUACUAGCAUGAGAAGAUCAUAUUUAAAACUAUAUGAUGAUAAAAAAGAGAGCAUGGAUAAGUGAUUCUCACGUUGUUCAUACAGUAUGUGUCUGUAAUCCAUGACACCUGAGUAAACACUUGUUUUUCUUUAGACAAAACAACACUGCCUGGUUCACUGAAUAUGUACUUACUGUAGUUUAGUCCUGAUGUAAAAUUAUUACUAAACACAAAUGCAGUAAACUUUUUCAUUCAACAUGAACGUAAUAUAUUCAGGAAAUCUUUAUUGCCAAAAUGUAGAAUUAACAUACACUGUAUGUCACAGUAAACUGCCUCUUAGGUCUCUGAAGUGAGUUAUUCAGUGGACAUCUUUUUGUUUUUUCUCAAUGUGCUUCGGUGUUGCACGCAGUGAAAUGCAUGACUCCUGUAAAUCUGUGCUUAUGUAGCAUUAGCUUCUAAUCCAAAGCGAUUCUUCAGUUUAUUGACUAGUAGGACUGAGUUAGCUUACAAAUCAUUUAAAAAAUAAAGUAGAUUUGGGUCUUCAAAACUUACCAUAACGGAACAAAACUUCCUCAACUGUAUAAAUAAGAAGUUAUAUAAAUUGUUAUAGAAUAUUUUACAGACACUGGUGAUGUUCUCUGGUUGACUUUGUUAAACAGUUGUGACAUUUUGUCUUAGUUGCUGAUCUUAAAACUGUCCACUCUUACUAUUUUAACAUUGUUCAUGCACAGCUCAUGGAUAGUUUUGUUGUGGGUUUGCUGUGUUUGGAGAAGCUAUAAUAGGGACGCUGGACACAGAUUUUAAUAUUCUUUGAUACUUUUUUUAGUUGGAUUUUUUCCACACAGCCAUUCAACAGGUAGCGUGACAAAAAUCACAUCUUAUGCAGACAUUAGAGAUUCUUCAAUCAAGGGUUUUCAUUAGUCUACUCUAGAGAUGUCAUUGGUCUUUAAAAGCUGAUAUCUACACUCAGCAUGGGUUCACUUUUUUUUUUUUCUUUCUUUAAAAACUCACCUACCUGCAGCUUUCAACCCAGUAUUUGUUCUUUUAACUGGAAGUGAUCUGGCUGAAGGGUUGGGAUUCUGAUAAAGGAGAUGGAAAAUGUAGCCUGUUUUUCUGAAGGCAGGUUGAUUACAGUCACAGUUGAGUUUUGGCAAAUGGAAAUAUGCAGAAGUGAGGCACAAGUGUCAAAUGUUCCCUUCACAUGUACAGUAUUAAAAGGUCUUGGAAGGAGUUCUUUGUGGUCAUAGCUGGCUGAAACAGGUUCACUGACUCUUCAAGUCUGAAAGCAUUUGCCUUAAAACCUCAUUUUUUGCUGCUAAUCCCAGUUGGUGGUCAGCUAAUCUAUUGCUCUGUUCAUCUCUGACUUUUUGUAUUAAAAGUGCUCGUUGUACUGGGCCAUCAUGCAUCAGUUCAGUUGACAAUCAGUGUUUUAUGGACACCACUUUCAAAUAGCGGUUUUAAAUGCGAUGGUCUGACAGAAUGUAUUUCACCGCCAUCUUCUACAUUGUGCUGUUGAUAUUGUCCGCUUUAUACAAUUGGUUAACUUGUUUAAUUAAAGGGAUAAUUUUGCUUUAUGUUCACCUCAUGAGGCCGGAGUGAGGGCCCAAAUAUUUUCAGUGUGUUUCUUUUCUCUGCUAUCAGAGAUUGAAUGUUGGGUUUGAUGUCAAUAUAAGCUCACAGUACCACAGUCUGUUUUUGACAAAGCAGCUAGAACUCAUUCUGAUGUUCUGAUGUAUUAAACAGUUGAUUAAGUGUUUAAUAAACAAACUGAUUCUA